UUCGGCCCCAGGAAGUGGCGUCACGCGCAACUUCCGUUUCCGGAAGUUCGGUUCGGCUUCCGCCAACACACAGCCCUAUCGGGUAAGCGGGCGGUACACGUGCGUUCAUCCGGUCCCCUGAGGUAGAGAUGGACGCUUUGGAUAGAGUUGUAAAACCCAAAACAAAAAGAGCCAAGAGAUUCCUUGAGAAGAGAGAACCGAAACUUAGUGAAAAUAUUAAAAAUGCUAUGUUGAUUAAAGGGGGAAAUGCAAAUUCAACAGUAACACAAGUGCUUAGAGAUGUGUAUGCACUGAAGAAACCUUAUGGCAUUCUGUAUAAAAAGAAAAAUAUUACAAGGCCAUUUGAGGAUCAGACAUCAUUGGAAUUUUUUUCAAAGAAGUCAGAUUGUUCUUUAUUCAUGUUUGGCUCCCAUAAUAAGAAGCGGCCAAAUAAUCUAGUAAUAGGUCGUAUGUAUGACUACCAUGUGCUGGAUAUGAUUGAAUUAGGUAUUGAGAAAUUUGUCUCCCUUAAAGAUAUUAAGAAUAGUAAAUGUCCUGAGGGAACAAAACCCAUGUUAAUAUUUGCAGGUGAUGAUUUUGAUGUAACAGAAGACUACAGAAGACUAAAAAGUCUUCUUAUUGAUUUCUUCAGAGGCCCCACGGUAUCAAAUAUCCGCCUGGCUGGUUUAGAGUAUGUUCUACACUUCACUGCACUGAAUGGGAAGAUUUACUUUCGAAGCUAUAAGUUGCUGUUGAAGAAAUCUGGCUGUAGAACACCACGGAUUGAAUUGGAAGAGAUGGGACCCUCGUUGGAUUUGGUUCUGAGGCGGACACACCUGGCAUCAGAUGACCUUUAUAAAUUAUCUAUGAAAAUGCCCAAAGCCCUGAAGCCAAAGAAGAAGAAAAAUAUCUCUCAUGAUACUUUUGGUACAACUUACGGAAGAAUUCAUAUGCAAAAGCAAGACCUAAGCAAACUACAAACCAGGAAAAUGAAGGGGCUGAAGAAGCGACCUGCAGAAAGGAAAGCAGAAGAUGAGGAGAACAAAUCAAAGAGAAUUAAAAAGAAUUAAUGGAAUUUAGCCAAUAGCUGCAUUUUUAUUGUAGUCUUAAGAGAAUUAUGAAGCAUCCAUUGUUUCAGAGUUUCUUAUAAGAUUUUAUUGUAUAUUUUUGUAACUUGAUAAUUUACCUAAGCUAUAUAUAUUAUAUACAUUAUGAACAGUAACAUGCUAAUAUUAGGUUGAAAGUUACAAUCUUACUGUAGGUAUUAUACCCAGGUAUGCCGUUUUCUUUCUAUGAUGUGACAUUACCCUCUGCCCACCCCCUACAAUGUCCCAUGUCUCAUUGGGUAGGUAAGUGAGGAAGGAUCUCUAGAACAACCAGUGGUAUUUUAGAGAAUUUUGAGUUAAACCUUAGAUAAAGGGAGGAAGUCAUGGAAAGUAUAAAUGUUCCAAAGUAACUGUAUACAUGCUCAGUGUGAGCUGCCUGGAAACUUUGACCCCAUCUCCCAGCAUAUACCUACAACCUGACUUUGCUGUUCUGCCUAAAAUUCUACCAGAUUCAUUUUGAGAUUUUAAGUUUUAUGUCUUAGAACAUAAAUCUCUGAGAUGUCCACUACCUGACAUAUUACCUUAUUUUGAUUAUUUUAAUUUCAAGAGAUUCUGCUACUAAAUGGAGCCUUAUCCAUCUUCUCAGAGAGAAAAGAAGUUUUGCUAAGGGUCAAAGUGAUAAAAGAGGGAAUGGUAAGUUAAGGCACAGGACAUUUGAGGGUACCAGGUAGCCCUAGGUAAAGGGCACACGAAGGCCCUGGGUGUUUACAUACUGAGUAGGAGUAAGUCAAAGCCAAACAGCUUGUUUUGAAAUUUUCUUGAUGACUGGCCCUGUGCCUAGAAAAAUGGCAAAAGGCUUUCUACUUCCUAUUCUUAGUAUUGCAAACUUGUUUUCCCUAAAUGUAAAUUUUCGUUUCCUUGAUUGAGUCCCUGGCAAAGAGGCUUCUUUACACAACCCAAUUAUGCUGUACAAGAAGAAACAUACAUAAACCAUGGUAUGUUAUA